AUGGUCGGCCUGGGAUGCGGUGGGAGGAGAAGGGAGCAGGCGAAGGCUCCGGGGAAGGACCCGGAGGGAGCAGCUCCCGGAGCCAGGAGCCCCGAGCAGCCGGAGGCGGCUGCAGCCCCCCGCGCGGGGCUUCCCGGGAGCGGGAGCGGCACCGCGCGGCUCCCAGCGCGGAACGGGAGCGGCGGGAAGCCGAGCGCGGGGCUCCCGCACCCCGCAGGGCUCCCGCGCUGCUCCGCGCCCCGCUCCCUGGGCUCCUUUUCGGUGGAGCCGGGCGGCGGCGCCGACCAGAUCACCCCGGACGAGGAGCAGAGGCUGGGCCAGGCCGGCUUCAUGCAGCGGCAGUUCGGGGCCAUGCUGCAGCCGGGGGUCAACAAAUUCUCCUUGAGGAUGUUUGGCAGCCAGAAGGCCGUGGAGAGGGAGCAGGAAAGGGUUAAGUCUGCCGGGUUCUGGAUCAUCCAUCCCUACAGCGACUUCAGGUUUUACUGGGACUUGACCAUGCUGCUCCUGAUGGUAGGGAACCUGAUCAUCAUACCUGUGGGCAUUACAUUCUUCAAGGACGAAAACACCACGCCGUGGAUUGUCUUCAAUGUGGUGUCGGACACGUUCUUCCUCAUUGACCUUGUCCUCAACUUCCGGACAGGCAUUGUGGUGGAGGACAACACAGAGAUCAUCCUUGACCCACAGAGGAUCAAGAUGAAGUACCUGAAGAGCUGGUUUGUGGUGGAUUUUAUCUCCUCCAUCCCUGUGGACUACAUCUUCCUGAUCGUGGAAACGCGCAUCGAUUCCGAGGUGUACAAGACGGCGCGGGCUCUGCGCAUCGUGCGCUUCACCAAGAUCCUCAGCCUCCUGCGUCUCCUGCGGCUCUCCCGGCUCAUCCGCUACAUCCACCAGUGGGAGGAGAUCUUCCACAUGACGUACGACCUGGCGAGCGCCGUGGUGCGCAUCGUGAACCUCAUCGGCAUGAUGCUGCUGCUCUGCCACUGGGACGGCUGCCUCCAGUUCCUCGUGCCCAUGCUGCAGGACUUCCCCGAGGACUGUUGGGUCUCCCUCAACCGCAUGGUGAACGACUCCUGGGGGAAGCAGUAUUCCUACGCGCUCUUCAAGGCCAUGAGCCACAUGCUGUGCAUCGGCUACGGGCAGCAGGCGCCCGUGGGCAUGUCGGAUGUGUGGCUCACCAUGCUCAGCAUGAUCGUGGGCGCCACCUGCUACGCCAUGUUCAUCGGCCACGCAACUGCCCUCAUCCAGUCGCUGGACUCCUCCCGGCGCCAGUACCAGGAGAAGUACAAGCAAGUGGAGCAGUACAUGUCCUUCCACAAGCUGCCCGCGGACAGGCGGCACCGCAGCCACGACUACUACGAGCACCGCUACCAGGGCAAGAUGUUCGACGAGGAGAGCAUCCUGGGCGAGCUGAGCGAGCCCCUGCGCGAGGAAAUCAUAAACUUCAACUGCCGGAAGCUGGUUGCCUCCAUGCCCCUCUUUGCCAACGCAGAUCCCAACUUUGUGACAUCCAUGCUGACCAAGCUGCGGUUCGAGGUGUUCCAGCCGGGCGAUUACAUCAUUCGGGAGGGCACCAUCGGCAAGAAGAUGUACUUCAUCCAGCACGGGGUGGUGAGCGUCCUCACCAAAGGCAACAAGGAGACCAAGCUGGCUGACGGCUCCUAUUUUGGAGAGAUCUGCCUGCUGACGCGUGGCCGGCGCACGGCCAGCGUGCGCGCUGACACCUACUGCCGCCUCUACUCGCUCUCCGUGGACAACUUCAACGAGGUGCUGGAGGAGUAUCCCAUGAUGCGGAGAGCCUUCGAAACGGUGGCGCUGGACAGGCUCGACAGAAUCGGUAAGAAAAAUUCCAUUCUGCUGCAUAAAGUCCAGCACGACCUCAAUUCAGGUGUUUUCAACUACCAGGAGAAUGAGAUCAUCCAGCAGAUCGUGCAGCAUGACAGGGAGAUGGCUCACUGCGCCCACAACGUCCAGGCCGCCGCCGCGGCCGCUGCCGCCUCCACUGCCACCCCCGUCAUCUGGACGCCGCUGAUCCAGGCGCCCCUUCCUCCUAGUCAGAGCCCAGUGGCAACAAGAACUUUCCAGUGCGGCCCUGCGGGGGCCUCGGGCUCUCACGGAUCCCUGCUGCUGUCGCAGGCGGCCAGCCCGGCCCCUCCGCUCCCGCAGCCCAGGAAUGCGCCGGGCCGCCUCAGCCAGGACCUCAAGCUCAUCUCCGCUUCCCAGCCGUCGCUGCCGCAGGAGCUGGCCCAGGCGCUGAGCCGCAGUUCUCCCCACUCCUCCAGGGAAUCCGUGUCCAGCUUCUCGCCUUUCCCGGGCGCGGGGACGGGACUCUUCGGGAAGCCCUGUAGCUCGGUUCCGGGCCGCGUGACUCUGCCGCGCCAGAUGUCCUCAGGUUCCCUACCCCAUCCGCUGGCCUUUGGGGCCGGCGCCGCGGGCACUGCUGCCCUCGCUGCCAGCGGGCGGAAAGAAUCCCUCGUGCUCAGCGGGGACCUGGAGCCCGUCAGGUCCAAACUGCCCUCCAACUUGUGA